GCGUGUUUUCCGUUCGUGCCGCGGGGUCCGGACGUCCUCGCGCCAGUCCGUGCCCGGGUCCGACACGCGCUCGAACGGCAGGAGCCCGCUCCUCCGGCAGAUAGGGUCGGCCAGCGCCAUGAGCGAGUUCCGGGCUCCCUUCCACUCGGCUCUGGACCGCGUCCUCGACCGCAGGUUUCCGGAAUCGUUGAGAGCGGCCGGAGAACGAAGAUCGAGGGAGAGAGGAAAGCCGGUCAACGGGAGCCAGUCGCCUCGCAUAAGGACCAACGACGCCUACGUCCGCGAAUCGGAAAGUAAUUCGCUCACCAUGGCUUUGAUCGGUUGUCUGCCGGACAACGUACAACAGGCAAUCAAGAGUUUCUCCAUUCGUCCCGGUAAACAGCACAUCACCUUCGCCUUUCCCUUUAUGGAAGAAGCCAUCCGAGGUUUCUGCGACAAUCGCCAGACGACGGAUAUNGAAAGUAGUAAACCGAUGGUAAAUUGA